UUCACUUUCCCUUCUUCUCAAAAAUUCUCCUACUUCUCCCCGAUCUCACUCACGCGCGUUAUCCUUACGCGCUAUCUUCUCUCUUCAUAAAAACUCCAACCCUCUUCCCCUGCGUGCCCCCACCUUCCUCCUCCUCCUCCUCCUCCUCUUCCGCCGCCGUUGUGGACCCAUUGUCUAUACGUAACAGGUUGGAAGAUUCCAAAAUCGACUGGUUCUAUCUUCCGUCGGUGCGGGAGCAGCUAUUUCGGUGCAUUUUGGUUGUCGGAGGCGGUUCCGAUCAGUUACUCCAUGGCUGAGUUGACUCAGCCUGAUGUCUACUCGCUGAGGACUCUGCAGGUGUGGAAGACGUUGUUGAACUGGUUGGCUUUCUUCUUCCAGAUCUUCGUUCAGAUCCUCAGAGCUUUUGGACACCUUCGGCUUCUUUCUUCUUCUGAUUCUGAUUCUUCGUCUCCGUCUUUUAAGCCUUUGCCGGCCGUUGAGCUUCCUGAUCAUGAAUUUCUUGCUGCCUCUGCCGUUGAUAUUUCCUCUGUUGAAGAUGAGGAGGAGUCCGACGGGCUUAUGGAGAAACUGACGAUAGUUCUCGAUUUGGAUGAAACUCUCAUAUGUGCAUAUGAGACAUCCACUCUGCCUGCUGUUAUUCGGAAUCAAGCAAUAGAAGCUGGACUGAAGUGUUUCGAACUCGAGUGUUUUUCUUCAGAUAAGGACUGUGAAGGGAAGCCUAAGGUCAACUAUGUUACUGUCUUUGAGCGUCCGGGUUUGCAUGAUUUCUUAAAUCAACUAGGUAGCUUUGCAGAUCUUGUACUAUUCACAGCUGGUCUUGAAGGUUUGUACACUUUACUAUCCAUUAUAUUAUCAAGUAAUAUCCUUGCCCAUAAUAGAAAAAUGAAAGAGAAUCUGAAGGAUGUCAUCUAUGUGUACGCCUCAGGAUAUGCAAGACCUCUUGUUGACAGGAUAGAUGAAGAAAAUCGAUUUAGUCUUCGACUUUAUAGGCCUUCAACAAUUAGCACGGAAUAUCGAGAUCACGUGAAGGAUCUCAGCUGCCUAUCAAAGGAUCUAAGAAGAACAGUCAUCGUUGAUAACAAUCCUUUCAGUUUUUUAUUGCAACCUGUGAAUGGAAUUCCUUGCAUUCCAUUUUCUGCAGGGCAACCACACGAUUCACAGCUUCUAGAUGUCAUUCUUCCACUCCUAAAGCACCUCUCGCUGCAGAACGACGUCAGAUCAGUGCUGUACGAAAGAUUCCAUAUGCCUGAAUGGUUUCAGAAGCAUGGAAUUCCAACCUAAAUUCAACGAAAAUCUGUGCCAAGGAGAAAGGUACAUUCUUCUCUGCUCAUGCUCCAGUUAACACAGUUAGCUUUCUUGUUCAAAAGGGCAGAGCACAUUUAGGAGUCAGAUUCUGAUUCUUGAACUUCUGUAUAGCUUCAUGUUGUACAUCGUGGAUAUGAUCCUGAAAAGUUGCAUCCAAUUGUUUGAAAAUCAUAUGUAGUAUUAAGAUUGUAAAUUUGUAGGAAUUCUGAAGUGUAAUUUAUUAAUGCAGUGUUGUUGGAUAUGUUUGUAGGAAUUUUCUUGAACUUUUUACCAAUAAAUAUCAGUUGUUUCCUCCCUG